AUGAUGUGGGGUGCCUAUAGUCAUUUAGUGAGUUUAGUGUUUUUGUUAUUUAGGGCAUUGGGUUUUAUUUUAUUUAGUUUGGUGAGAAUAAGCUUGAGGUCUUCUUAUGUAAUUGAGUGAGAGCUUUUUUCUUUAAAUUCUUCCUCUGUUGUAGUGACUUUGAUUUAUGAUUGAGUAAGGUUCUUAUUUUUAGGGGUGGUUUUAUUUAUCUCCUCUACGGUAAUAUACUAUAGGGGGGAUUAUAUGAGCGGGGAUAAGAGGUACAGGCGAUUUAUAUAUUUAGUUUUUGGUUUUGUUUUAUCUAUAGGGGCUUUGAUUAUUAGCCCGAAUUUAAUUAGAAUCCUUUUAGGUUGGGAUGGAUUGGGGUUAAUUUCUUAUGUAUUGGUAAUUUAUUACCAAAACGAGAAAUCAGCUAAUGCAGGUAUAUUGACAGUUUUGUCAAAUCGGAUUGGAGACGUUGGGAUUUUAUUGAGUAUUUCUUUAUUUUUUAUGCUAGGGGGUUGAAAUUUUAUUUUUUAUGAAAGGUAUUUGAGUGGGAAUUUUUUAUUAUUGAAAAUUUUAGUGUGUGUUGCUGCUAUAACUAAGAGAGCUCAAAUUCCGUUCUCGGCUUGACUUCCAGCAGCUAUAGCUGCUCCUACUCCAGUUUCAGCUUUAGUUCAUUCUUCAACACUAGUUACAGCUGGCGUUUAUAUUUUGAUUCGCUUUAGUGGGGCUUUAAGAGGUUCAUGUGUACAAAGGGUUUUGUUGAUUGUUUCCUGCUUAACCAUAUUUAUAGCGGGCUUGGGGGCUAAUUUUGAGUUUGAUUUGAAAAAAAUUAUUGCCUUGUCAACUUUGAGGCAAUUGGGCGUGAUAGUGAGUAUUUUAUCUUUAGGGUUUGCUGAUUUAGCUUUUUUUCAUUUAUUAACUCAUGCUUUAUUUAAGGCUUUACUGUUUAUGUGUGCGGGGAUGGUAAUUCAUAGAGUUAAAGAGUGUCAAGAUAUUCGUAAUAUGGGUAGGUUAGUGACAUGUAUACCUUUAACUAGGGUUUGCAUGAAUUUAGCUAACCUGGCUCUAUGUGGGAUACCUUUCUUGGCUGGAUUUUAUUCUAAAGAUUUAAUUUUAGAAGUUGCAUUUAUAAGGGAAGUUAAUAUUUUUAGAUUUUUUUUAUAUGUUUUGAGUACUGGUUUAACAGUAUGUUAUACAUUUCGAUUAAUUUACUAUAGAAUAAGAAGGUUUUCUAAUAUAAGGUCUGUAAUAAUUGUCAGGGAAAACCAUAGAAAAAUGUUAAAAGGAAUAAUGACAUUAAGGGUUGGGGCGGUAACAAGGGGGUGUGUAUUAGCUUGAGUAGUGUUCCCAGAGUUCUAUAUGAUUUGUUUGAGGGUUUCUUUAAAAAUUUUAGCUUUAUUAGUGAGGAGGUUAGGGGCCCUUUUAGGGUAUAUUGUUAACAUGGUUGGAUCAAGGACUAGUUUAAAGACUGUCAAGUUUUAUUCUUAUACUAUGUUUGCAAGGUCUAUGUGGUUUAUGCCGAUUUUGUCGACUUUUAGGGCACCCCGUUGAAGACUAAGGAGUGCGGAGUCUUUUUUUAAGAUUGGAGAUAAAGGUUGGUCAGAAUAUUUUGGGGGUGAGGGAGGAUUUGGCGAGGUGAUAAAAGGUUCUAUUUACUUACAGUUAAGACAAGAUAAUAUGAUUAUAGUUUAUAUAAAAGGAUUUUUUAUUUGAAUUAUUGUCGUGUUUUUUAUUUUUAUUUAA